GUUCUGCCAUUAUUCGUUGCAGCCAGAUGUAUGUUUGGAGUUGCACUUCUACUUGGGCUAUUGAUCUACAAAUGGAGAAGAAGACAUUUGUCAAUGUAUGAAAACAUUGAAAACUUUUUGCUAGAUAGCAAUCUAAAUCCCAUUAGGUACGAAUACAAAGAAAUAAAGAGGAUGACCGGAGGUUUCAAAGUGAAAUUGGGUCAAGGAGGCUUUGGCUCUGUAUACAAAGGAAAGCUCCGAAGUGGACCAGAUAUAGCAAUAAAGAUGUUAAGCAAUUCCAAUGCCAAUGGACAAGAUUUUAUCAAUGAAGUAGCUACCAUCGGAAGAAUACAUCACGUGAAUGUGGUGCGUCUUGUUGGAUAUUGUGUGGAAGGAAAAAAGCGUGCUCUAGUUUAUGAAUACAUGCCUAAUGGGUCAUUGGAUAAAUACAUUUUCUCUAAAGAAGGAAGUGUCCCUUUAAGUUAUGAGAAGAUAUAUGAAAUAUCUCUUGGAGUAGCUCGUGGGAUUGCAUAUCUGCAUCAAGGCUGUGAUAUGCAAAUUCUACAUUUUGAUAUCAAGCCUCAUAAUAUUCUUCUUGAUGACAACUUCAUUCCAAAGGUGUCAGAUUUUGGACUUGCAAAGCUAUAUCCUGUGAAUGAUAGCAUUGUCACUUUAACUGCAGCAAGGGGAACUUUGGGUUACAUGGCUCCAGAGUUGUUCUAUAAAAAUAUAGGAGGAGUAUCUUAUAAGGCUGAUGUCUAUAGCUUUGGAAUGCUUUUGAUGGAAAUGGCAAGUAGAAGGAAGAACUCAAAUCCAAAGGCAGAGCAUUCAAGUCAAGUUUACUUCCCAUUUUGGAUCUACGAUCAAUAUGUAGAAGAGAAAGAUAUUGAAAUGGAAGAUGCCUCAGAGGAGGAAAAGACUCUAGCAAAAAAGAUGUUCAUAGUUGCACUUUGGUGUAUACAGUUGAAACCGAGUGAUCGUCCUUCCAUGAACAAGGUAGUAGAGAUGCUUGAAGGGGAAGUUGAAAGCCUUGAAAUGCCUGCAAAGCCUUCUUUUUAUCCAAAUGAAACGAUUGGACAUGAUGAUGGAAUGAACUCUGACCAAACAUCGUGGAGUGAUUCUACUUGUUCUGAUAUGUAUAUUGGUGAAACCAUAACUAAUAAUUCAUUGGAGAAUGCCGCUUGA